UGCACGUCAGCAUUCGCUCAUACGCAUGCGCAGUAUGUGCUCUUCCUAUUUGCACUGUUUGUAGUAUUUGUGCAUAUCCAUGUCGCUUGAAAUUAUAGUAUUGUUUAUCUCUGCUCACAUCACGUUACUUCAUGCUUACUUUCCUUUUCUCCGCCGUUUUUUGCGCCACAUACCUGUCUCCGAUCAUCAGUCAUGUUAAAGGAAGAGAUUUUACUGAGCAGGAAAUGUCUCAUUACAGGGACAGAAUAAAGUCGAUGUUUUAUCAUGCUUACAACAGCUACUUGGAAAAUGCAUAUCCUUAUGAUGAGUUGAGACCGCUGACAUGUGACGGACAGGACACAUGGGGAAGUUUCUCCCUCACCCUCAUUGAUGCUCUGGACACAUUGCUGGUUUUGGGAAACCACACAGAGUUCCAGCGUGUGGCCACUCUGCUUCAGGACACGGUUGACUUUGACACGGAUGUAAAUGCAUCUGUGUUUGAGACCAAUAUACGAGUGGUUGGUGGGCUUCUCUCUGCCCAUAUGCUUUCUAAACGUGCUGGGAUGGAGGUAGAGGAGGGCUGGCCCUGCUCUGGACCCCUCCUGCGCAUGGCAGAGGACGCCGCCCGCAAACUGCUGCCUGCUUUCCAGACCCCCACAGGGAUGCCAUAUGGCACGGUGAACUUGCUGAGGGGGGUGAACCCCAGUGAGACCCCCGUCACCUGCACUGCUGGAGUGGGCACCUUCAUCCUGGAGUUCUCCACCCUCAGCCGACUGACUGGAGACCCUGUGUUUGAGAAUGUGGCUCGCAAAGCUCUCAGGGCCUUAUGGAGAACACGCUCAGAUAUUGGCCUGGUGGGCAACCAUAUAGAUGUCAUAACUUCUAAGUGGGUGGCUCAGGACGCAGGGAUCGGGGCGGGAGUGGACUCAUACUUCGAGUAUCUCGUAAAGGGAGCCAUCCUGCUGCAGGAUGAGGAGCUGCUGGCAAUGUUUCACGAAUUUGAUAAGUCCAUAAAGAACUACACUAAGUUUGAUGAUUGGUAUCUGUGGGUGCAGAUGCAUAAAGGAACAGUAUCAAUGCCUGUGUUUCAGUCUCUGGAGGCGUUCUGGCCUGGACUGCAGAGUUUGAUAGGUGAUAUUUCCAGUGCCACAAAGACCUUCCAUAACUACUACAGUGUUUGGCGUCAGUUUGGAGGCCUCCCAGAGUUCUACAGCAUUCCUCAAGGUUACACAGUGGACAAACGAGAGGGCUACCCUCUGCGGCCAGAGUUGAUCGAGAGUGCCAUGUAUCUGUAUAAGGCCACCGGUGACCCAACAUUCAUGCAGCUUGGCCGGGAUGCAGUCGAGUCGAUUGACAAAAUCAGCCGGGUGAAGUGUGGUUUUGCCACUGUGAAGGACGUAAGGGACCACAAGUUGGACAACCGCAUGGAGUCCUUCUUCCUGGCCGAGACCAUUAAAUACCUCUACCUCCUCUUCGAUCCUGAAAAUUUCCUUCAUAACACGGGCACUGAGUUUGAGCUCGGUGGCCUGCAGGGGGACUGUGUACUCAGCGCGGGGGGUUACAUAUUUAACACGGAGGCUCACCCGCUCGACCCCGCCGCACUCCACUGCUGCAGUCGAUACCAGGACGAGCACAGGGAAUUACAGGACAUACUACUCAGCUUCUCACAACCACUCAGGCCUCCCACAGACCAAUCAGAGGAGACGUCAGGGGACCAAAGCGCCAGCCGCUCCUCAGAGAGCAUUGCACUGAAGCCAGGAGAGAGACGAAAACCUCCUGUGCUCUCCUGCCCUGUGCAGCCAUUCAGUGCCAAACUGGCUGUCAUGGGUCAAGUCUUCUCAGACAAUUCUUGAACAGACUUUCUCACUGCAAACAAUGUGUAAAGAUGUAGAUUAUGUUUGUAAUUUAACUUUGGAGAGAUUAAAUGUUUUCUAAAAAUGUGUGGAUUUUUUUCCACCCUUUUUAUUAAAAUGUUUUAGAUGACAAAA